AUGAAUUUAUUACGAAUGAAUGCUUUAACAAGCAAGGCUAGGUCAAUAGAACGGUUAAAACAAACAUUGAAUAUUUUAUCCAUUCGUAAUCAUAGACAAUUCAGCACCAUUCAACAAGGCAGCAAAUAUACCCUCGGGUUUAAGAAAUACUUGACAUUAUUAAAUGGAGAGGUUGGUUCUUUUUUCCAUGAUGUCCCUUUAGAUUUGAAUGAACAUGAAAAGACCGUAAAUAUGAUUGUUGAAGUACCAAGAUGGACAACUGGAAAAUUUGAAAUAUCCAAAGAACUUAGGUUCAAUCCGAUCGUUCAAGAUACGAAGAAUGGCAAGCUUAGGUUCGUGAACAAUAUCUUUCCCUAUCACGGCUAUAUACACAACUAUGGUGCUAUUCCCCAAACAUGGGAAGAUCCCACAAUUGAACAUAAACUGGGGAAGUGUGACGUGGCUUUGAAAGGUGACAAUGAUCCUCUUGAUUGUUGCGAAAUCGGUUCGGAUGUUUUGGAAAUGGGUUCCAUUAAAAAGGUCAAGGUAUUAGGAUCACUCGCUUUAAUUGAUGAUGGAGAAUUGGAUUGGAAGGUCAUAGUGAUCGACGUAAAUGAUCCUUUAUCCUCUAAAAUAGAUGACUUGGAAAAAAUUGAGGAGUACUUUCCUGGGAUUCUAGAUACGACUAGGGAGUGGUUUAGAAAGUAUAAAGUUCCAGCAGGGAAGCCAUUAAAUAGUUUCGCCUUUCAUGAACAGUAUCAAAAUUCCAAUAAAACCAUCCAAACUAUAAAGAAAUGUCACAAUUCGUGGAAAAACCUCAUUUCAGGAUCACUCCAGGAGAAGUAUGACAACCUGCCUAAUACAGAAAGGGCUGGUAAUGGUGUCACACUUGAAGAUAGUGUUAAACCCCCUUCUCAAAUACCGCCUGAGGUGCAAAAAUGGUAUUACGUUUAA